CAAAGUGCUGGUGUUAAUUUCGUAAUUGCACUUUGUUUUGUUAUUGCUGUGAGUUUAGUCCAAAAAAAUUAUUAUCUUUCGCUCCGAACACACAAAUCGAUUAUGAAACCACCGGCAUCCGGGUUGAAUGGCAUUCCCGCCCUUGGCCCGAAUAGCGCUGGUGGACGAGCCAAUACUGGACGAGACUUUGACCGGAUUGUCGCUGAAACGACAACUGGUAUUGAUCUUAUUUUGGGAUCUCAGUUGGUGAACCUUCUCGACCAACGAGCCUAUGCUUUAGGCAUGAAGGGGCAAUUCAGACGAGCGAUACAAGACACCGACAUAAUGAUUUAACAAAAGCCCAAAGAAUCUGUGGGCUAUUUACGCUUGGCUGAUCUGUACGAAAUGCAAGGCAAGCAACUCCUGGCUGUCAACGCGUACGACAAGGCGCUUAGCUGUGCUACGCCGAAUACGAUAGAAUAUGCCCGUAUAGUGAACGCCAAAAAGAGUGCCAUCGAGAAGCACAAUACGCGUGUCGAUUACAUCAGCUUGCUACCCGUCGAACUGGUGCAUGCUAUAUUUGAGGAUCUACCCCAAGUGACAAAAUCGGCUUGCUUGGCUGUUUCGGCUGCGUGGCGGAAAAGGUUGAUUGAAUGUGCAGCGGCGUGGUCAGUGUUGACCACUGACGAUGACGCAGGCAGCAACCACAUUACAAGUGCGCUGGCGCAUAUUGCACAUCAUGUUGAAAGCUUGGUCAUAAAUACCUCUAACUCACUCAUCUGCUACCGAUACCUUGACAAUAUUCAAAGUGGUCUUUUUACCAGGCUCAGGACGCUUAGAAUGACAGAUGCUACGACACAACUGAUAUCAUCGCAGUCAAUGACAACCAUCAUGUCCAUAGCGUUCUAUCAUAUCGGCUCCACAGUGACAGAACUCGACCUCGAUUUGCUCGGUUUGGAGGGCAGCUCGGUUCCAAUCACAACAUUGGCUGAUGUUCUUUCCAUUUUCUCAAAACUGACGAAGCUUGUAUUCAAAGCAAAAGGACCGUUACAACGCGCUGGUGGUAAUGUGACGAUGCUGCAAGGAAAACAACACACCGCUCUUGUUGAUCUGGAGCUGCGGCUUGACGAUAUCACUCAAAGUAUGAUCCAGCCGUUCCUUAUACAUUGCCCGCAAAUACGGCGUCUUAUUAUGCUUGGUUGUGCUCCAUGUGUACUCCGUCCGGUCCGAAAACACUUGAUGUGCCUCAAAAUAUUUGCAUACAAUUAUCAACAUCACGUAGCUGCGCUGGACUCUCGUCUUAGACAACCAAAUCAUCCGGGCCUGAAUAAACUUUACACGAGCAACUUCGCAUCUGUGCCUGCCAGAAGCAUCCUGCCUCAUAUCCGCAAGUGUAUGAAAACGGCUGAGAUGUUAUAUCUUCAUCUGGAUGGGACGCGGGAUGUCGCUAUACUGAGUGCACAUUAUGCUGGUCUUCGAUUCGGCAAGCUCAAGUCUCUCACCUUGCGGGAAACAUCCGGGCUUCAGCCCAUCUUCCUACGAGCCAUUCAAAACUCGCGCUACUUGACGCACUUGUGCAUGAGUGAUGUAGUGGACUACAACGGGUUGGUGGACACCAUGAUUAGAUUACCAGCGCUCGCACAUUUUCAACUUCAAGCACACAUGCCCGUCGAUGUCACCAUCUUGAACCGGUUAUUUGAACAUUAUGCUACUUUAUGCACGUCACCCAAUGGUUGCCCGCUGUAUACAAUCGACUUACGUAUGUGCUUCAAUGUGACGGACAGUAUACUGGACUCGCUGGCAAAUAUCACAUCGCUUAAAUCUAUCACUUUGGGUGAUGUGCGAGGCAUCACGGCAGAUGGACUCGGACGUUUUUACAAAACCUUGCGUAGAUCCAACAAGGUGACCAAUAUUCGCUUAAUGAAACUUGAUGUCGUCGGGGACCAGACUCUUGUUUCGCUAGGCAAGAUUAGCAGUUUGACAAGUAUCCAUUUGGAGAACCUGUUGAUGGUGACAGAUCGUGGCAUUACCGAUAUGAUUAACGCUAACAAAGACCGAUUGUCUAGCCUGACCAUCAAAAACUGUCUCCAUGUACAGUAUCAAUCCGUAAGGUACGCGCGACGCAAAGUGAAAACAGUUGUAUUCGAACGAGCUCAAGUGAAACAACCGGUGAUUUUGGUGUAAGCCGCAUAUAUUAGACCGCCCACAAUAGCUGCCCGCCCUCUAUAUUUUUUCGAUUGCUUUUUCCAUGUAUAUAUCCACCUCUCAAUUUACCUUUUUCACUUUCAAUGAAUCCCUCCGUCGAUAAAAUCCACCUUCUGCCUUCUUCUCUAAGAAACAAUAAAAUUGAC